AUGACGUUACCGCUGCUUGAUGAAAUUGACGAUCAAGUUUUUUCAACGGAAAUGAAACGAUCUGAUCAAUUACGUGAAUCAUUUUCAUCUGAUACAGAAAUACGAAGAAGAAAUAUGAAAAUAAAACGUGAACCAGGACAUCGUAUAUUCGUUAAUCGAAGUUUACAAUUAGAUCGUAUAAAAUUUUAUGGUUUUGACAUGGAUUAUACAUUAGCAUUGUAUAAAUCCCCCCAAUUUGAAGAAUUAACAUUUCAGCAUGUACUUGAAUCAUUAAUUGAACUUGGUUAUCCUGAACAAAUUCGUGAAUUUGUUUAUGAUAGAACAUUUCCAUUAAGAGGUCUUUGGUAUGAUAAGUUAUAUGGAAAUUUACUUAAAGUUGAUGCUUAUGGAAAUAUUCUUACUGUAGUUCAUGGUUUUAAAUUUCUUUCUGGAGAUCGUACAGCUGUUAUAUAUGGACAAAAUAUCCUUACAUUUCGUGCUAUAUUUAAUGACGUUCGUAAUUCAAUUGAUCGCGUUCAUCAUACAGGUAAACUCAAAGAAAUCGUUUGUGAAAAUAUUGAAGAAUAUAUUUACAAAGAUGAACAAUUACCAGUAUUAUUAGAUCGUAUUCGUUCUCAUAAUGCUAAAACAUUUUUAUUAACUAAUAGUGAAUAUUGGUAUACAGAUAAAUUAAUGACAUAUUUAUUAACGGAUAAAUCUGAUGAUUCAAAAACAAUAAAACGAGAUUGGAAAUCAUAUUUUAAUCUUAUACUUGUUGAUGCACAAAAACCAUUAUUUUUUGCUGAAGGUACAACAUUAAGAAUAAUAGAUCCACAAACCAGAAGUAUGAAAUUGGGUUCAUAUUCUGGACAAUUACAAGAAAAUGAAGUUUAUAGUGGAGGUUCUUGUGAAGUUGUUUCGAAAUUAAUUGGUUCAAUGGGUAAAGAUGUUUUAUAUGUUGGUGAUCAUAUAUUUGGUGACAUAAUUAAAUCAAAAAAACAAAAAGCAUGGAGAACAAUGCUUGUUGUACCAGAAUUAAAUCAUGAAUUAAAAGUUUUUCAUGAUAAAAGAGAUUUAUUUAAUACAUUAGAAUCAUUAGAUACAUCAAUUAGUGAAUUACUUCGGUCAUUUGAUAUGACAUCGGUUCAUAGACCUGAUGCUGUUACAAAAAUAAAACAAAAAAUACAAGAAUGUACUCAUGAACUUGAUAUGAAUUUUGGUCUUUUGGGUUCUCUAUUUCGAACAGGUUCUCGACAAACGCAUUUUGCUUCACAAGUUACAAGAUUUGCCGAUAUUUAUGCUUCUUCAGUUGUGAAUCUGGUUUAUUAUCCAUUUUUCUAUUUUUUUCGUGCUGUUCCACAAUUAAUGCCUCAUGAAUCAACUGUUGAUCCAGAAGAACCAAUGCAUGUUAAAUCAUGGGGCGAUGAAAAAUCUCUAAUGGAUGCACACGAUCGUCGUCGUUCAACAUAUAGUCAAAUUCCAGCUAUAUCACCGCAUUUGAGUCAUUCAUUAUCAAUUCAAACACAUCCUGAUUUACCAUUGCACGUAACUCAUGAUCAUGAUGAUGAUGGUGAUCCAGAUGAUGAUAUAUCACUACUUGAAUCUCGUGGUGUAAUUGACUAUCGAUCACGAAUAACAUAUACACCACCAAAACGAAAAGUGGAAGACUCAUUAAAUGGAGACGAUAAAAAUAAGGAAGAAAAUCAAUAA